GAGGAGGUGAAGGAGAAGAAAAAAAAAAACACCGUGUGUAGAAGGAGCGAGACGGGAGAGAGCAGUUGCCCGAAAACAACCUGCCCGUGCCGUCCCAAAUAGGAGGCUGACGCCGCUGAAUCCGCGGUGCUUGAAUAUCCAGUAUUCAACUUCAAACUAACUUCACCGCGGUGCAAGUCUCGGAGCUGAAAAUGAACAGUCCAACACGAGUUCCUGGGGAUGUCCAGCAGGAGGAGUGCAGAGCGCCCAUGAAGAUCCAAGUGCAACAGGAGCUGGGAAGAAGAGAGCAACCAGGUGAUUCCAGCAGGAGGAGUCUCAUGCAGCGGAACUGACAGCAACGGAAUUUACAAACGAAAGGUUUCUGACCAAAAGAAACAGAACAGCAAAAGGAUGAGCUUUCUGCUCAGACAGAGAAUUCAACUGGCCACAGCAUGGAGGUGGAGAAAGGGAAUGGAAGUGUCUUGCUGUCACUGCACAACCUUCAGCACCGUCUCUUCUAAUGAAGACCCCAUAGAAAUCCACAAGAGGAAGCUCUUUCUGUGGUUCAGCCACCUUCCUAAAGAGGAGAAACAGUUUGGAGGUCUCUUUAGCCCAGAGACCAUGCAUGUAGAUCCACUUAUCAUAGAGAGAAAGGAUGAGGAGAGGGCGGGACUUCUCAAAUCACCUUACCAAACUCAGAUCUCCUCUAGUCAUUCUCUGAAUGUAGAACAGCUUUUUGAGCCAACUGAUACCUGGAGUGAAGGUUGUGGACUCGGUGUGCUGCUGUAUGGUGCUGUGGGAACUGGGAAGGCUACAAUAGUUCGAAAGCUGGUGCUGGAUUGGUGUACAGGAACCACGCUGACUCGCUUCAAGCUGCUCCUUCCUUUCUUAUGUGAAGACCUCAACCAGCUGUCAAAGGUGGUUUCUUUAAGAGAUCUGGUUGGCAGGAAGUAUCUUCAUCUAAAAAAACAUCCAAUACUUAAUGGGGAUGGAGACCAAGCCAAGGAUGUGCUUUUCCUCUUCAAUGGGAUGGAGAAGAUGCAACUAGACUUCCGAAUUGGGUCCUCAGAGCUUUGCAGUGAUCCUAAUGAGCCUCUUCCACCAAGUGUAAUCAUUGUGAACUUGCUGAGGAAAUAUCUACUUCCUGAGGCCAGUAUCUUGAUGACCACCAGGCUGUCUGCUGUCGAACGCAUCCCUCAGAAGUAUGUGAGUCGCUACGUUCAGAUAUGUGGUUUCAAUGACCCAGAUCGUCAGCGAGCAUAUUUUACCAGCCGCCUACUGCAGAGUGAAGAAGUAGCACACAACAAAGAGGCCCGGACACUGAUAGAGCUUCUUUAUCUCAACCUGCAGAGUGAAAGCCAGCUGGCUGCCGCUUGCUUUCUUCCCUCUUACUGCUGGCUCACAUGUGCUACCUUACACUUUCUUCAUUUUACCAGUGCUCAGGCACCCAUUCGCACACUGACAGGUAUAUAUACUAGUUUCUUCCGGCUUAACUUUGGGGGUGAGGUGCUGGGCACAAGAACUGGGACAAGUAUAACCACUCAGGAGUAUCACAGUUCAUUAAUGAUGCAUGUUGUCCGUACAGUUGGCAAACUUGCGUUUGAUGGUGUAAUGAACAAACGCACAUCUUUCUCAGACAAAGAACUGGAGCAGUGGUUUGGUGGUAUGACCAAGACAGAUGAGGAGCUACAUCAGCUGGCCAUGUUCCAGACUGAUAUCCUAGACUUCUUUCUAGCUCCUUGUGUGAAGAGUGGAAAACAUUUGUCAAAGGAAGUCAAUAAACAUGACAAGCAGUACGUGUUUGCUGUCCCAGCCAUGCAGGAGUACCUAGCGGCUCUCUAUGUAGUUUUAGGAGAAAACAAAUCAGCUUUGGAGAAACUAACCAACCAAGUAUCUGUAGCCAUUGGUGAGGCUAGUGAGGAUGUCAGUGCCCUCGUGAACAUCCUUUCUAAGUUCAUUCCACUCCGGCUCUUUGCUAUAUUCAACCUCCUGAAGCUUUUUCCAAAACUCUAUGAGAAAAUAAGCAGUCACAACAAAGGCAAAAUUGCCAGAACUAUGGCAACUGAGAUGUUCCGCACAGAGGACAGCUAUAACGAUGAUGUCCUUGAUCAAGUCGAACAAAGCCUUCUGGGAGUCCAUGGCCCACAGCCACAACAGUAUGAUGACAGUCAACCUUUUGAGCUUUACCCCAUCUUCAUGGGAGGAUUGUUACAAUAUAGUAAUCGGGUACAUCUUAAUCAACUAGACUGCAACAUCCAAAGCGCCACGGUUGUUCAGAUAACACGUGCCCUCAAGAAGUACCUUGUCAGAGAAUUAAGCAAGGCCCAACCACCUGAGGAAUUGAUGGAUCUGCUAGUCCUUCUGUAUGAGUUUCAGAAUCCCAGACUGACCAACGAGGUGCUAUCCUCGAUCAAAAGCAUUUGUCUAUCCAACAUUCGGAUGACUUCACUUAAAUGCUUCAUAUUGAGCUCUGUGCUUUCAUGCACCUCUACAAGUUAUCACCGAAAAGAGCUGGACCUGUCCUCCUGUCUCCUGACUGACAAUAUGCUGCAGAUGCUGGAACCUGCUUUUAGACAUGCGCACAGCCUCAAUCUGCAGUUUAACAACUUGGGUCCUGAUUCUUGUAUCCUUCUGAGAGACCUGCUUCUAGAUCCCAAGACCUGUAUUAGUUCUCUACAGCUCUGUGGUAACCCACUGCUAGACUCUGGAAUUCGCAUCCUGCUGGAGGCCCUGUCAGAGAACCAAUCACUGACGUACCUAUCUCUGAUGCACACUGGGUUCGGGGACAGUGGGGCCCUGGAGCUGGCUAAAAUGCUUCAGCAACACACAGGGCUCCAGGAGCUCAACGUAGCUUAUAACCUUAUCAGCAACAAGGCAGCUCUGGUUCUGGUUGAUGUCUGCAGGGAGCAUCCCAGCAUUCAUACUGUACACUUGUAUCUUAAUCCAAUCACCAAUGAGGGGAAGCAGUCUUUGUAUGGACGAGGUGUACCCAGUAAAAAAGGCAACAACCGUCAGGUUAAAGUCCUGGCUUCUGUCACUGAAGGCUUCGACAUCUCUGACAACUGGCACCCUAUACUAAAAGUGAUACGAGAGAAUGCUUCAUCCUGGGACCGCAAACUUGUCAAACAGCAGCUUGAGGUUUUCCUCCAGGAUCUGGAGUGGGGUAGUAGGAGGCAAAAGAGUUUUUGGACGAGGCUUCACUUUCGCAAAGUGCAGAAAACAGUCCAAGCAACUUUGAAGAAUUUAGAGACUGACUCUUCUCCCAAAGAGAGACCAAGUAAACCUUAAGAAUGUUAAAAAGAGAGACAUUUUUUUCUCAACAUUUGAAAUUUAAAUAUGUAUCCUUGAGUUUAAAACUUAUAACCAGCCUACACAUGAGGUAGUGUCUGGGCUGAGAAAAUUAAUUCAAGAUAAAACAAUUUCAAUAUUUUUUAUUUGCUUGUGUUUUUUUGUUUGUGGUGGUUAAGUGCUAACAGGCCACUUUACUCUGUUUAAUCUGUGUUUUCCCUUCAUCUCCUAAUAACCUGCAUAAAAUAUGUCCCCGUAGUCCUUUUAAACUUGCUAAAUUGUGUCCGUUAUCCCUAGCUAAAGCUCUGUUAAUGCUGAAACAGUAGCCACUAUUAGUUCUGUUGUUUUUACACACAGCUUGUUCUGUUUGUGUGCCACUUUUUUCUUUGCUGUUAAACUAAGCUGCUAAUUCCAAAUGUGACAAUAUCAUGCCUGCUUUCAAGAUGGCCAAAGGUGAGUCUAUAUCUACAUCAGUUUUUAAGCCACAAUCUUGGCUUAAAAAUGGAGUCAACUCCAUUCAGUAAGUCGGUGAUGGCUAGUUACCACAACAUUAAGAAUCAAAGUAUUCAAAAGGUUGUUGCUUUCUAAUUUGUGAAAAUGUUUUUAAAGUAUUAUUCUAUUAAAACUGUUUUAUUUACCCUUCUGCUUUGCAUUUUGAACUGGUUGUUUGGACAUAUAGUAACUGUGUCUUUGUUAGUUUUCAGACCUAAUCUGGCCUCAUUUCCAUUCCACAAAAUAAACCUUGGUUCAUAAACAUACUUGCACAAUUGCUUAUCCAGGAGUGUUUGCACAGGUUGUGACCUCUGUAGAUUGAUGAUGUAGGGGACAAGCUGUUAUCACAGUUCUGUCCUUAAUGUUCAAGUCAGAAUGGUGUGUCUGUCUUGGAGCCCUGACAUAAUGGCUCAUCACUGAAUUAUAUCAGU